AUGAUAGAGAAUACCAACGUGAAGAACGGCUUCCUCACAACCCUCGCCAAAAAAUGCAACACCCUCACCCAACUGAAGCAACUUCACGCCCACAUUCUCCGAUGCCGCGUGAAACACACGCCCUUCGCCAUCGCCCCUCUCCUCUCCGCCGCAGCCUCCUCCAACCACUUCUCCUACGCCCACUCCAUCUUCUCCACGCUCCACCUCGUUCACCGCAAUACCUUCAUGUACAACACCAUGAUCAGAGCCUACCUUCAACAAGCCCAUUCACCCCUCUCCGCAAUCUCCUGCUACGUCUCCAUGCUUCGAAACGCCAUUGCCGUUAACAACUACACCUUCCCGCCUCUCAUCAAGGCUUGCAUCGCACGCAAUGAUGCUGUUGUUGGUCGUUUGGUGCAUGGCCAUGUCGUUCACUUCGGGUACUGUGAAGAUCCCUUUGUCCUCAGUGGGCUUAUCGAGUUUUACUCCGCUUUAUGCCACGUGGACACGGCAAGGGUGUUGUUCGAUAGAGCAAUGACGAAAGAUGUGGUGGUUUGGACGGCCAUGAUCGAUGGCUACGGCAAAACUGGAAACUGUGAGAAUGCAAGAAAGCUGUUCGAUGAAAUGCCUGAGAGAAAUGUUAUAUCGUGGAGCGCCAUCAUGGCGACUUAUUCGCGGGUUAGUGACUUCAGGGAAGUGCUGGCUUUGUUUGGAGACAUGCAAAAUGAAGGCAUAAGGCCGAACGAGUCGAUACUCGUUACUGUUCUUACUGCGUGUGCGCAUCUCGGUGCGCUCACGCAGGGAAUUUGGGUGCAUGCCUAUGCCGUGGGAUCCAAGCUUGAGUCUAAUUCAAUUCUGGCUACGGCUCUGGUGGAUAUGUACUCUAAAUGUGGAUGUGUGGAAGCUGCUUUAUCAGUUUUUGAUCGGAUUGCAUCCAAAGAUGCUGGAGCAUGGAAUGCUAUGAUUUCUGGUGUUGCCUUGAAUGGUGAUGCAAGGAAGUCUUUAGAGUUGUUUCGCCAAAUGGUUGCUUGUGGAACUAAGCCGACCGAGACCACAUUCGUGGCUGUCCUUACUGCUUGUACUCAUGCAAAGAUGGUUCAGGAAGGCCUUCAAUUGUUUGAUGAAAUGAGUAGCAUUUAUGGCGUCGCGCCACAGUUGGAGCAUUAUGCAUGCAUGAUUGACCUUUUGUCCAGAGCUGGUAUGGUGGAGGAAGCCGAGAAAUUCGUGGAGGAGAAGAUGGGUGGACUUGCUACUGGUGAUGCCAAUGUCUGGGGUGCACUUCUGAAUGCAUGUAGAAUUCAUAAGAAUCUUGAUGUUGGAAAUCGAGUAUGGAAGAAGCUGCUUGAUAUCGGUGUAGCCGACUGCGGUACUCAUGUUCUUACAUACAAUAUAUACAGAGAAGCUGGGUGUGAUGCAGAGGCAAACAGAGUUAGAAGUAGGAUUUCGGAAGCAGGGAUGCAAAAGAAACCCGGUUGCAGCACAAUAGAGGUUAAUAACGAAGUUGAAGAAUUUCUUGCAGGAGAUCAUUCUCAUCCGCAAGCACAAGAAAUGUGGAAAUUGCUUGAUUCUAUUUUCAAAAUUUCCAAUCUAGAAACCUAA